CCAUGACACGUACUAGCUCUCUCGGACAGAACCUGCCAAGCAAGUGAAAAGGCACGAUGUCACGCUACUCCACUCGUAGUUUCAGCACCAGUUCCUCAGAUGGUCUGCCCAACAUGCCUUCUGCAACUCUGAUGAGCUCGUCCCGGCUCUAUUCUAGCACAACCCCCCGUAGGGCCCUGAGCAUCUACGGGGGUGCUGGGGGUCAAGGCACCCGCAUCUCCAGUGCCAGCUACUCCAUGCCCCUUUCCAGCGCAGGUGGAGCAGACGGCUUUUCCUUCAGCAGUGACAACUCUGUGGCCUCCAACGGCAAGCAGACCAUGAUAAACCUCAACGACCGCCUGGCCGCCUACCUGGAGAAGGUGCGCACCCUGGAGGCCUCCAAUGCCACCCUGGAGAAGCAGAUCCGUGAGUGGUACGAGAAGAAGGGGCCGGUUGUCCGCGACUACAGUGGCUACGAGAACACCAUUGCUGAACUGCGUGCACAGAUCAGCGCAACUUCCCACGAAAAUGCCAAGAUCCUCCUACAGAUUGACAACGCCAAACUGGCUGCAGAUGACUUCAGAAUGAAGUACGAGGCUGAGCUGGCAAUGAGGCAGUCCGUCGAGGCCGACAUCGCCGGACUGAAGAGGGUCCUGGACGAGCUGACUCUGGCCAGAUCCUCCCUGGAGAUGGAGAUCGAGGGGCUGAAGGAGGAGCUGGUCUAUCUCAAGAAGAACCACGAGGAGGACCUCCAUGCUCUGCGCGCUCAGAUGGGUGGGAAUGUCAAUGUGGAGGUGGACUCUGCCCCUGGGGUCGAUCUGGCGCAUGUCAUGGCUGAGAUCCGAUCCCAGUAUGAGGGCAUCGCCGACAAGAACCGCCAGGAGAUGGAGGCCUGGUACAAGGGCAAGUUUGAUGCCCUCAACCAGCAAGUGUCCUCCAGCACAGAAGCCCUGCAGUCCAGCAAGACUGAGAUCUCCGAGCUGAAACGCACUAUCCAGAGCUUGCAGAUUGAGCUGCAGUCCCUCCUCAGUUUGAAACAAGCACUGGAAGGCACGCUGAGCGAGACGGAACAACGUUACGGAGCUCAGCUAAAGCAGCUGCAGUCCAUCAUCUUCAGACUGGAGAAUGAGCUGAGCCAGGGGAGAGAGGACAUGAGGAGGCAGAGCGACGACUACAAGGCCCUGCUCGACAUCAAGAGCCGGCUGGAGAUGGAGAUCGCGGAGUACAGGCGCCUGCUGGACGGGGAAGAACGGGCCCCCGUUCCAAAAGCACCUGUCUCCACCAGUACCACCACCAGAAAAGUGAAGACCAUUGUGGAAGAGGUGGUUGAUGGGAAGGUUGUGUCCACCCACGUGGAGGAAGUUGAACAGAAGAUCUAGACCAAGGCAUUUUUGCCCUGGCAGAUCCACAGCUGGGUAUCACAAGAUGUUACCCAAAAAAAUGCCUCGAAAUGAAGUAAAAUGAAA